AUGCAGAUUACUGCACCCACAAGAGGACCAGUUAUAUGCAGAUUAGCUCACACACAGGAGGACCAGCCAUAUGCAGAUUACUGCAGUUACAGGAAGACCAACCAUAUUCAGAUUAUACCACCCACAGAAGUACCAGCCAUUUGCAGAUUACUGCACCCACAGGAAUACCAGCCAUAUGCAGAAUACUGCACCAACAGAAGUACCAGCCAUUUGCAGAUUACUGCACCCACAGGAAUACCAGCCAUAUGCAGAAUACUGCACCAACAGAAAUACCAGCCAUAUGCAGAUUACAGCACCCAUAGAAAGGCUAGCCAUAUUCAGAUUAUUGCACCCACAGGAAGACCAGAAAUAUGCAGAUUACUGCAUCCACAGGAAGACCAGCCAUAUGCAGAUGACAGAACCCACAGGAAGACCAGUCAUAUGCAGAUUACCUCACCCAAAGGAAGACCAGCCAUAUGCAGACUACUGCACCCACAGAAAUGCCAGCUAUAUCCAGCUUCCUGCACCCGCAGGAAGACCAGCAAUAUGCAGAUUACUGCACCAACAGGAAGAGCAGCCAUAUGCAGAUUACUGAACCCACUGAAAGACCAGCCAUAUGCAGAUUACUGA